CGGUUCAAAGUCUGCGUGCGGACCUCAGUCAGCCAGGGCUGUGUGGUCCGGCUGCCUCUCUCUCUCUCCCUCUCUCUCUCGCUCGCUGUCUCUCUCGCCGUGUCAGUCCUCGGGCUCCUGUCCCUUGCUGGUAUGAGGAUCCUUGUGUCCCCUUAGCCAGCAUGGAUCUAUGGGAUUAUGAUGCGGAGCUUCCCCAGCCUCUAGCCCACCCCCCAGCCAACGACCCCCAUGAGCUGCUAUACCUAGAGAGGACGUCUAAGGAUCUGGAGAGAGAGCCUGAGAGCAGGGCAGAGAUCGAGGGGAGCUGUCCAGUGUGUGGAGAUCGAGUAUCUGGCUACCACUACGGACUGCUCACCUGUGAGAGCUGCAAGGGGUUCUUCAAACGGUCAGUGCAGAACAACAAGCACUACAGCUGCUCGGAGAGACAGAGAUGUCCCAUGAACCCCUCCCAGAGGAAGCGCUGUCCCUUCUGUCGCUUCCAGAAGUGCUUAGCUGUGGGUAUGAAGCGAGAGGCUGUGAGAGCAGACCGCAUGAGGGGUGGCAGGAACAAGUUUGGCCCCUUCUAUCGCAGAGACCGGCAAUUAAAACAGCAGGUCUAUUAUCAACCAAGCACUGCCCCCUACAGAGUCAAAGCAGAGACUACCCCAACGCACCAGCCAACGCCCCAAAGUGACCAUCUGAUGAUCAAUCACCCGCUCGUUCCAUUUUCCUCAGAGCCUUUCUACCAGCCCCAUGUGGUUUAUCCCUCUGGCCUGGGCCUCCAGUCAGAGGCCAUCAUGCCCCAGGACUGCAUUCGGAACACAGUCACGGGACUAGCAGCACUGCCCUUCACUGGAUUGUAUCAACCCAACAUGCGUGAGUUCCCUCAGGAGAAAACAGAAUACCCACUUAGCUCUAGCUUAACCCUGGUGAACUCAAUGUCGUCCUCCAUGGCCGGUGAUGGCUUCCUACCCUCGAGCCCAGCAAUGUCAGCCUCCAACUCCACGUCAAGUUCAACAGCUUCCACGCCGGUUCCCUUUCCGUACACGUCCGUCGAGGACCCCUCGGAAGACUUCCUCGCCCAGCUCUUAAAUGGGGAGCCCGAGGAAGGCCAGCUGUGUGCCAAGGUCCUGGCCUCCCUGCAGAGGGAACAGGCCAACCGAGGCAAACACGACUGUCUGAACACCUUCAGCAUCAUGUGCAAAAUGGCCGACCAGACACUCUUUGGCCUUGUGGAGUGGGCCAGGAACUGUGCUUUCUUCAAGGACCUCAAGGUAGAAGACCAGAUGGCGCUGCUGCAGAGCUGCUGGAGUGAGCUGCUUGUGUUAGACCACCUGAGUAGACAGGUGACCUAUGCGAAGGAGGGCUGCAUCUACCUGGUCACUGGGCAACAGAUAGAGGUGUCCACUGUGCAGUCCCAGGCAGGGUUGACCCUGAGCAGCCUGGUGUCAAGGACCCAGGACCUGGUGUCCAAGCUGAAGGCCCUUCACCUGGACAAAGAGGAGUUUGUCUGCCUCAAAUACCUAGUUUUAUUCAACCCAGACGUGAAGUCCAUCCAGAGCCGCAGGCAGGUGGAGAGGACCCAGGAGCAGGUGAACCGAGCCCUGAUGGAGCACACGCAGCGCAGUCAGUCCGACAAGUUCGGCCAGCUGCUACUUCGUCUGCCCGAGGUGCGCAGCAUCAGCCUACAGGUUGAGGAGUACCUGUACCAGCGGCACCUGCUCGGAGACCUGCCCUGCAACUCCCUGCUCACGGAGAUGCUGCAUACCAAGCACAGCUGAGGCGGUGGAAGCGCAUGCUCCCCUUGGGAACCCGAGGUCACCGACUGCAGCGCACGUCCACACACACACAAGCAUACCUCUGGAUAGGUGUUUAGAACAGCUUUUUAUUAGCUGCAAUUUGAUUUAAAUCUGUCGAUUCCGUAGAAUAGGUUAAUUCCUUAGCCUAACGCUGUUUUAGCACCAAGAAAAUAAUAUAUAUCUUUAUCCAGGCCAUUUUAUGUUUUUUAAUUUGAGCCAUGUUUUGGAGUGUUGCGAACCACAGCCAUUACUUUUGAUUUGUCAAUGUUUGUGUCCACGUGGGCAGUCUUUGGUCAAAGGAAUUUCUAUUUGUCAAACUGUAAAUAUAUCAGCAUUUGCCUUGCAGUAUUCAACAGAGCCCCCUGACGAUAGUAUAGUUGAACAACGUAUGCCUAUAGCAUUUAAUAUAUUUCAGAAAGGUUUUGAGCCAUCAGUUCAACCAGAAUGUUUUACAUUCCUUGUUUUAGUAUUAUAGUAUUAACGUAACAAUAACAUCUGUUGAUAUUUCAUUCAACCUUCUUCUAACUACAGACAAGUAAGCCGUUAGCGAAAAAUAUGGAAUGUAAAUAAUGGGUUAAUAAACUCAAAAUGGAUGUAACACAAGAUGAUUUAAAAAGGAUUCUUUAAUUUUUGUGGUCCAGUUUCCAGGAGAAAAAAAAGAGGAUUUUUUUUCAGUUGAAAUAACAUGAAAUGAACACAGCCACUCUGGUACCUCAGACAUGACACAGCAAAAUAAUAAGAAUGGGUUACAACAUGAAUUCUAUGAAAUUAGGAAGAGUGAAUCACCACGGCGGAAAAAUAAAAGGA